UACUAUAAUUGGUUUAAAAUAAAUAAAAGCUCAUCACAUGAGUUACAUGGCUACCUUUACUUUGAUAUUCUAUCCUUAUUAAUGCCAGCAAAGGGAAGUUAUUGGUGCCAAAAUUGCUGCAUCGCUUUGCUAAAGGCUUUGUUGACGGUGCAAAUUUGGCUGUGUGGAUAUCACAAUUCCCGCCAUCAAAUCAGGCUGCUUUCGUUGAGCAAUGCAUACCACAAAGGCGGCAAAGCCUUCUUGGUUCUCGUAACUGUGGCAUUCUUCCCUUCGACUCGCGCUUUUUCGUUACUUGUUCUUGCCAGACAAAGUAUCACUGUUAUGAUGCUUGUCCAUACUAUUUUGUAUAUCUUUCUUACCUUGGCCUGCAAAGAUCAAAUCAACUUAUAAAACACUCUAAAAGGUUCCACAGAAAAAUUAAGUUGCAUCUUCUGUGGAACUUCCCUCUGCUAAAAAAAAUGGAGCUGGUUACAGUUUCCAUCAUUUUGCCUUGCAAGCUUAGUUGCAACGUUUCUUAGGUGUUGUAAAUUUGUGUUUAUGAUUAGAAAGGAGUCAUACAAUGCCUUUUUGAUGAUCAAAUAAAAUGCGAAAAUGACA